ACAUCUCCACAUGGCUAGUGUUUAAAUUUCAGUCUGCAUGCCUCCUUGCGGUGACAGUCGCAUUAGCAUGGAUGCAUGUGAUCAUUCGAUCUUCAGAGGCGCACCAAAACAAAGCUUCUUCAGAACGAAGCGAGCGGCGAGCCAAGACGCUGGCUGCUGCCUGUGACGUGAAUGUAACGUGCAUCAAGGUUAUCUUCUAUUCCCCCUCCCCCCUCCCCGAAAGUGCUGCAGAUCUUCCUACAGAUGACUUUUUGAUCUAAUGGAGCGCACUCGAUCGGUUCGAACACUAAUGUCGUGUGUUGUGUUUGUCGUUGUCCUAGUAGCCGGUAACACGGUAUCGGCACUAGAAAUAGCCCAUUACGAACGUAGUCUUCAGUACCGUUCCGUGUGCACUCGUCAAGCUACCUGUCAGGAACACAACAAUCUUACUUGUUUCGGCAGUCAGUUGCCAUACAUUAGUACAACUGUUGAACUUGUGGACGAUGCAGAGAACCAGCGCGAAGUGGACGAGCGUCUAACUCAACUGGAGGCGGGCUUGCGCAAGGUGCCACGAUGUUGGCAGCUUGCACAGCCGCUUCUAUGUUCACUGUACCGGCCACCAUGCAAAAAUAAUUCAGUUCAUCUUAUAUCGAACACGUUGUGUGAGAGUGCCCGUAAGGCCUGCAAGAUCAUUAUGCCGCAAGUUGGACCACAGGUCGGAAAUGUGGAAUGGCCAUAUUUUCUCCGAUGUGAACAAGAUGUUUUCUUUACGAAGGGAUGCAAAAACGAUGCUACCAAAAGUGAUAUACCGAAGAUACGAUUCAAUUUGUCUCAUGAAUGUCCCACACCGCUCAUACAUACGACAAAUCGUCACUCAUGGUACUCCGAGAUCGAUUACUGUGGAAUCUCGUGUACAGAGAACCCGCUUAUCUCUCGAGAAGAACAAACAACAAAGCGUUGGUAUGACGCAUGGUUUGUGAUCGUCUCUGUAUUCUGUUGCCUCCUAACAUUGUUGCUCUACGUACCAUAUAGCCGGUCGCAAAAUCGACUCACAUACCCGGAUCGCCUGAAAUUUUGGUUCACCGUGUGCCUAUUCAUUGUAUGUGGGGGUCAUUGCGCGCAAUUUUUAGGUCUACGAGAGCUGAUGCUCUGCAACGGAGACGGUACUAUUCGUCGCGAUGAGCCCAGCCCCAACUGGAGCCUAGCAUGUCUCACAAACUUUGUGGCCUGCUAUUAUUUCCUGAAUGCGGCAUACGUCUGGUUUGUCAUAAUCUGUGGUGCGCUAAAUAAAUCUGUACUUGUUGUGCCGUUACAGAAUCGCAGUGAAGCAGACUACUGGAAGUCUAAGUUCUCCUAUUUUCACCUUUCUGCUUGGUGCUUUCCGCUCAUAAUGUGCGUUGCCGUUGUAGUUGGGCCAGGGAUUGAAGCUGAUUCUAUUAAAGGGGUUUGCUUCGUCGGCCGAUCUUCAGUUCUUUAUAGAGAGCUUCUCGUAUCCCUUCCAUUUUUAUUGGCACUCCUCAUAGGAGCUUUAUUUCUAGUCCAUCUCACAUACAAGCUUCAUCAACGGAAAUAUUCAAGUACUACCAUGCUGAAGGAAGAUUCGCACAAAAGCAUUGGAAAAGCGAUGCGCCGGCUACAGAUGUUCUUUUUGGUUAUGCUGGGCAUUGGGCUCAUCACAGGGUUUAGUCUGUGGUAUGAAGCAACUCGUUAUGAACUUUGGCGAACUUCGACCCGGGAACAUUUUGCCUGCCAACUUAACGUCGUCCAACAACCUAGCGACGAGCUAAACCAUGCUAUGGAAACUACCAGCUGCGAGCUAAAAGACAAACCUAACCUUGUCAUACUUCAGAUACAAUUGUUGGUGCUUCCAUUGGCGUGUUUUACUCUCUUACUAGCCACGUGCAAGUCAUCUGUUGCGGAAGCUUGCAAACACGUUUUUGCCAAAUUUGUGCUACGCAAGAAGACACAGCCACCUGGAAAAGGAUUCACACAGGAGAUUGCCGCUUUAUUUGCUCAAGAACAGGACGACGAAGAGGAGGACCACGGACCUGGAGACUCGGUAUCGCAGAAUCUAAGUUCAUCGUAUGCUAAUAUGUUCUCAGGAAUGGGAUACAACGUUUUAUCACAUCAGCCCGUGAUGAUUGGCCGCAGAUACUCAUCUACGAGCGACGUUAGCCAUCAAACAUCGAACUAUAUGAGCUCAAGGGCACUGAAGAGGAAGACUCGCAAAGAACGGAAUCGACAGCGUGUUGCAGAGAAGACUGCCGUUUCAAAAGGCGAAAAUGGCGAUAUAACGGUACCAUUCCUUCCUAGUCAGGAGCAGCCUAGCAUCUCUCAAGAAACACAAAUUCGAAAACGGGUUCUCACUCAGGAGGAUAUUGUUAAUUCUCCAUUUAUGCAUGGAAUGUCCGGUGAGGCUCGUGAGAAUCGUCUUUAUCCCUACUGGCGAAAGCCACGGCCCCCAGGUAAACUCCCGCCUGCAAGUAAAGUACCUAAGCUACCGUUGCCUCCCCUUAUUCCGCCGCCAAUUUAUAGUUCUUUAGCAGGGGGUCUUCCCAGAGCGGCGGGACCACAUCCCAUGCAGGUGCCUUUUGCGUUCCCCCCUCAACCCUGCUCACUUAUUGACGUCUAUACAGGGUUUCCGAUUGCGGCAUGUCCGCACUAUUUUGCACCAUACGGUAUCAUGCCAGCUCCGGCGCCAGUGAACAAUGACUUCAUGCCUUUUCAUGAUCUAGACAAUAUCAAAUCACCAAUUAUACCACUUCGAGCUCAUGAAACCGGAAGUGAAACCUCGUACCGAGUCAUAGUACCUUCAGAUACUGAAUACGACACCGACGCGUAUCGGCCCCAAACAGCAAUACCACGUAACCAUGCACGGUCGAAAGCUACAGGACGAUCAUCCGCACCAUUCAAAAUGCCCGGGGGUUUCGUAAGCAACUGAAAGACAAAGUUGCAAGCAGCUACAGAAGGACCAUAAGGGCUCUUGUCAGGGCCAGACAGUUGCCAUAGAUGCAUUGGCAUUGUUGCUUUCUACACAGUUAACGCGAGAAGUAAAAUGACUGGGGUUCUUACAAUGUCCGAAGGCUUACCGGUAGGUUGUCGUUCAUAUGUUAAGGUGCAAAAGGCCUGGAUGCAUGUGAACUCAUAUAUAUUAUAGUUACGACAGUUCGUAAUUGAAGUAUUUCUUCUCACAAAGUUGUAUCAAAAUCCUAUCUCAUUAUUACCAAAUAAAAAGAAAGUUAAACACACAUACGAGUUUAUAAACAGAUAUAGUCAAUUGCAGGUGUUCCAAGUUAAAGGAACAAAUGCAAUGUUGAUCAAACGGAACUUCGGUGCAUAAUUGAAGUUUCGUCGUCUCCAUCGUAGCGAACAUCGCAAAAUAAUCAUCUCACACAUAGCGUGUAUAUAUGUUUGUUCAAGGGAGUUAUCACAGUUUGUAAAUGACUGCGUGCCUUACCAUUAAUUCAUUUGUAUAGAACUGUACAGAAUAGGUAUAUUUCUUGCAAUAAAUCAUCCAGCUACAUUAUGGA